UCAAAUUAGACCUCCAAGAAGAACAACGAGAACAAAUUCAAAAUUUGAAAUUCCGAAGUCGAUCGCAGAGAAGGAGCAAAAUCAAGAAUGGCAUCAGCGCGUGGAGGGUUGAAAGAUUUCUACAAGCAAAGGAAGAACAGUGGAAUCUCCAAGGCUAACAGCAAGGCUUCAAAGCCCUCUUCUCGGAAAAUCAAAUCUCCGGCCAACUCUGCAUCUUUGGGCUCCGAUGCCGUCCAACCGGCUGCUCUCAUUUCUCAUGGAUCCCUCGACCUUCAAGAUGAUUAUGGUGCAUUGGAGAAUAUGUUGAGGCAAUUCGAUAUGAACAUGGCCUAUGGACCUUGCCUUGGAAUGACCAGAAUGGCACGGUGGGAGCGUGCCUGUAAUCUUGGUCUGAACCCUCCAAAAGACAUUGAGACACUCUUAAAGGCUAGAAAAGUGCAAUUGGAGUGCUUGUGGGAUUCUCGAGUUUAAACUACAAUGCUUGCUGUGUUAUUUUUGUUUAAUGUAUGAAGUGUAUGCUGUACUUUUGGACAAAAUGUUCAGCCCCUGGCUGAAACGGUGCACUUUCCCUGUGAUGUGAAUGGGUUAGAAAUAGAAUGUUUGCUGAUGACAGCUUCCUUAUUUACUUCUCAGUUAUGUUUAAAACCUCUUAUGAGUAGUUGUAUAGUUAAAUUUGGGUGAUAUUUUCCUUUCCUAGUGUUGUUAUACUUGAACUUGA